GGCCGUGAGUACGAGCGUCACUCAGUCAGCGAGCUGCGGAGCACGGUGCUACGGGAGAGGAGGACGGGCAUCGAGGUCUGGUCGGAGGCGCUCGACCUCCGCGCGGCGGCUCCCGAGAGCCCCCCGGCGGUGUUCUACCUCUACACCGACCGCCAAGGCUUCCGCAGCGUCGCCGGGCCCGCGGCCCUGUCGCAGCCCGAUGCUAUCGCGGCUCUGUCUGAGCCGCGCGGCCGCUUCGGGCGCGCGCUCCGCGUCUCGCCGCUGGAGCGCGCGGGCCGGCGGCCGCACCUGCGGCGGGCGCCGCGCCGGCGUGCGGCGGGGAGCUGGAGCUGCUGCUGA